AUGCGCAAGACAUUCUACACCUCGCUGCUGGCAGCCGUGCCCAUGACCGCUCUCGCCCAAGAAAGACCAGGGCUCGCCAACAGCUCCGCAGUACCCACACACUACGGUAUCCUCCUUACGCCCUCCAUCACCCCCAUCGACAUGUUCGGCCCCAUGGACGUUUUCCAAGGCCUCGCCAUGGGUUUCCAGAAUCUGACGGGCCCAAUGCACCUCUCCAUCAUCAGCGUCAACUCCACGCCCUCGACAACAAACCCUCCCAUGCCGGGCAUCGACUUCGGCAUGGCCCUCCCGCCCACCAUCACCAUCGCCGAGUACCUCGCCGCCGCCGCCAACAACUUCACCAGCAUCGAUGAGAGCACGACAAACAGCACGUGCCACACGAGCACCAAGAUUCCCGGGCCCCUCGACGUCCUCCUCGUGCCCGGCGGCGGUGGCACCCGCAAAGACGUUUCCCAUGAAGUCGACUUUGUCCGUACGGUCUAUCCCUCGCUAAAGCACCUCAUCUCCGUGUGCACCGGCAGCACCAUAAUUGCGCGGGCCGGCGUGCUCGACGGCCGCAAGGCCACGACUAACAAGAAAGCGUGGGCAUGGGCUACUUCCUUUGGAAACAACGUCUCGUACGUGCCGCACGCACGUUGGGUGCAGGAUGGCAAUGUGUGGACGAGCAGCGGGGUGAGUGCGGGCGUGGAUGUGAGCUAUGCGUUCUUGAGCAGUGUGUAUGGCGAGGAGGUUAGUCAGUGGGUGGCAGAUGUUAGUGAGUACACCCGGUGGACGAAUGCCAGUUACGAUCCCUUUGCGGAUCGAUGGGGACCUUUGAACACGACUGCGUUGAAGUAG